AUGAAGCUGCGGCUUUCCGAAAAGGGUUCCCCCCAAGUGAGUGGGUCGGACGAAGGAGAGAUGGUUCCGCCAUUGUCUCAGUUUCAGGGGAUUAGUCCCCAUAAGUUGAUGUCAGCGUAUGACGAAAAGAAAGAUGAUUUAGAUGCAUAUUUGAUGCGUUUUGAACGAAUAGCCGAUGGUCAGAAGUGGCCUAAGGAGCAAUGGGCAGCGGCAUUGAGUAUGUGCCUUAGCGGAGAAGCUUUGAGCGUGUUUGGGAGGUUACCAGCAAGUGAUUGCAACGACUACGCGAAGCUGAAAGAGGCCUUGCUGAGUAGAUUUCGUUUGACGGAAGACGGUUUUCGUGGCAAGUUCCAAACCGCACCACCCGUAGAUGGGAAAACGGCGGGUCAGUACCUCGCUAGGCUAGAUAACUACUGGGAAAGAUGGUUGCAGCUAGCAGGAACAAAGAAAGAAUACGAAGAUGUCAAAGAACUGAUGAUCCGCGAAAGGUUUUUAGAAAGAUGCGACCCGAAGCUGGCGUUGUUCAUCAAAGAGAGGAAGCCGAAAAGCAGAAAAGACUUAUCCAAAUUAGCGGACCAGUUCAUGAACGCGCAGGGGCGUACAAACCUGGGGAAGGAAACUAGCGAAAGCGGAGUUCCGGUUAAGCAAGCUAGUCCCGUGUCGGGAAAAACCGGAGCCGAUGGGAAAGGCGCAAGCCCAGGUGUAGCACAGCGGCAGCGAUGCCUGAUCUGCAAUAGGCUCGGGCACAAGGCCUCUAAUUGUCGUACAAAUGUACCUAGAGGAGCCUCAGACAUAAUUUGCUACAGGUGUGGACGUCGCGGGCACAAGAGCUCGGAGUGCAGGAGUGCAAAUACUGCAAAGAAGGAUGGAACUGAAAAUUCGGUGUCCACAUGCGUUCAGGGAGGAUAUGUUGAACUCAAGAGCGGGGAGAAGGUGCCCGUGGUAAACGUUGCGUCCAAGGACAAACGUCCACCAGAGGAGAACAACUUGCCGGCUGUGGAAGGCAUUAUAGACGGCAAACGCGUCAAAAUUCUCCGAGAUACAGGGUGUAACACUGUCAUCGUUAACAAAGCACUGAUCACGCCAGAGCAGCUGACAGGAAAGAGGAUGACUGUGUUCCUACUUGAUCGCAAGGUCAGAAUGUUACCUGUUGCCACCGUUCACAUUCAGUCACCGUACUACACGGGGGAGCUUGAGGCAGGAUGCAUGGAGGAUCCUUUAUUUGACGUUAUACUUGGGAAUGUGCCCCGAAUGCGACGCGUUGAGGAACAAGACCCACACUGGGAAACCGAACCUAACAAUGGUGAAGACACUGGUUCAAAGGAACAAGACGUUCCCGAUCUAGAAGGGAAUACACCGAGCGUGGGAGGUGGCCAGCAAGAAAUCUAUCAUAAGAUACUUGCGGUAACUACGCGACAACAGUCCAGAAAGGAGAGGGAAGAUUUCCGGCAGUUGAGAAGUCCACUCCUAAGCGAGGGCAUAGUGACCGAAGAUUUCGGUAAAGAGCAAAAGGCCGACCUGACUUUGCAAAAGUUUUUUGCUUCCAACAGAAAACAAUUCCAAAGUAAGAACCGGCGUAAGGGCAGCUACCUAUUUUUGGAGGAAAACGAUUUGCUUCAUCGGAAGUAUAAAUCGUUUAGUGGGGAGUCAACAAUUCAGCUAAUGGUACCUCAAAAAUUCAGGCUUACGGUCUUGGAGUUGGCACACAAUGGAAUAAUGGCCGGACAUCAAGGGGCAAAACGCACGGCCGAGAGAAUUAUGACAGAAUUUUACUGGCCAGGACUGCAGUCAGACGUGAAAAGGUUUGUCGGAACGUGCGACAUUUGCCAGAGAACCAGUGACAAGGGCAGGACGCGACCUUUGCCACUAGAGAAAAUGCCUAUCAUCGACACUCCAUUCAAAAGAAUGGCCAUCGAUAUCGUCGGACCGAUAAAACCACCGUCGGAAGGGGGCAAUCGCUACAUACUUACUGUCGUCGACUAUGCUACCAGAUUUCCGGAAGCCGUUGCUUUGCCAAGCAUCGAAACAGAAAGAGUAGCUGAAGCUCUACUGAACAUAUUUUCCCGGGUUGGAUUGCCAGAUGAAAUACUCAGCGACAGGAGGUCUAACUUCACUUCCGACCUGAUGAGGGAGAUCAGUCGGCUGCUAUCAGUUCGCCAGCUCACCACAACACCAUACCACCCGAUGGCCAACGGACUCGUAGAGAACUUCAAUGGAACACUGAAGAAGAUGCUGAAGCGAAUGUGCCAUGAGCGCCCACGGGACUGGGAUCGCUAUUUAUCACCCCUUUUAUUUGCAUAUAGGGAGGUGCCACAGGCAAGCCUGGGAUUUUCCCCAUUUGAGCUUUUGUACGGCCGAAAGAUGAAGGGGCCGUUGGCAAUUUUGAAACAGCUGUGUGGCGGAGCACAGAUUUAUGAAGAAGUGAAGACGACGUAUCAGCAUGUAUUGGAUCUGCGUAACAAGCUCGAAGAGACAUGUCAAAUCGCCCACGAGGAGCUGGAGAACGCGUCGCAGCGACACAAGAAGUAUUAUGACACGAGAAGCAGAGACCGACAGCUCCAGGUUGGAGACGAAGCCCUACUGUUACUUCCGACGGAGGGAAAUAAAUUAAUGAUGCAAUGGAAAGGACCCUUCAAAAUAAUUGAAAAGAAGGGAGAAGCUGACUAUGUUAUCGACCUCGGACACAAAAAGAAGCUGUUUCAUGCGAACAUUCUGAAGAAGUAUGAACAAAGAGAACCAGCGACACAAGUAAACGCCAUGUUGGCAUCAGUGGCUGCGAGGGAUGGGUGCGAAGACCACGUGGACGUCGACGUGGACGUUCCUACUACGUUAGGAGAAACGAGAGAAGAUUGCCGAGAUGUAAUCGUCGGCGAGGAGCUAAGCACACAUCAGAGAAGUGACGUGAGAAACCUAACGACGGCGUAUGAAGAAAUAUUUUCCGACUUGCCCGGCUCCACUAAUUUGGUGGAAUGCAACUUACAGAGGGCAACAGACUGUCCGGUGCACGUCAAGCAAUAUCCCCUUCCGUUCGCUGUACGAGGUGAAGUUGAGAGGGAGUUGGAGGGAAUGCUUCAGCUCGGAAUUAUUGAGAAGUCCAACUCUCCCUACCAUUCCCCAGUUUUGAUCGUAAAGAAAUCCGACGGAUCAAACAGGGUGUGUAUCGAUUUUCGAAGACUCAACGAUAUCCUCGUUGCAGACGCGGAGCCCAUUCCCAGGUCGGAGAGCCUAAUUGCAGAGGUUGGCUCUCGCGUAUAUUUCACUAAACUCGACCUUGCCAAGGGAUAUUGGCAGAUUCCCCUCAAUGAGGAGUCAAAACCAAAAACCGCAUUUUUGACACCCAGUGGCCUGUAUCAGUUCAGGUACAUGCCGUUCGGUUUGAAGACAGCACCAGCGGUAUUUGCAAAACUCUGCGAGAAGUGCUGCAGGGAAUCCCCAAUGUGCAACAUUACUACGAUGACGUGCUCAUCGCGACUGAUACGUGGGAAGAUCACGUUCAGACCCUGA